UUUGCUUUAACUCUCUCGCGUGUAGAGGAUAAGAGAUAUUUCUUUCUCACUGACAAGACUUCAAAUCUCCAUUCCGGUCAUCAAAAUUCCCGAAUGCUAAGUUUGAGAUAUUCUCCAGCUAUUCUUCUCACUAAAAGGUUGGAAACCAUUAAAACUUCAAGGACACCAAAGAGUGUUAUAGUAUGUGCAGCAAAAGGGCCUCGGCCGAGGUACCCACGAGUAUGGAAAGCUAACAAGAAGAUUGGGACUAUAUCAAAAUCCAAAAAGUUUGUUGAUUGUAUAAAAGAGUUGUCAAAUGUUAAAGAGGAAGUUUAUGGUGCUCUUGAUUCGUUUAUAGCUUGGGAGUUGGAGUUCCCUUUGAUUACAGUUAAAAAAGCUUUGAAAACACUUGAAGAGGAAAGGGAGUGGAAGAGGAUAAUUCAGGUGACAAAAUGGAUGCUGAGCAAAGGUCAAGGAAGAACGAUGGGGAGCUACUUUACAUUAUUGAAUGCUCUGGCUCAUGAUGAUAGAAUUGAAGAAGCUGAGGAACUUUGGGCAAAAGUAUUUUCAGAGAACUUAGAAGCGUUACCUCGGAUUUUCUUCAAUAAAAUGAUUUCAAUUUACUAUAGCAGGGACAUGCAUGACAAGAUGUUCGAGAUAUUUGCAGAUAUGGAAGAGCUUGGUGUUAAACCAAAUGUCGCUAUUGUAUCUAUGGUAGGAGAUGUAUUUCAGAAGUUAGGAAUGCUAGACAAAUAUGAAAAGUUAAGUAAGAAAUAUCCACCACCAACAUGGGAAUAUCGAUACUUCAAAGGGAAGCGUGUCAAGAUCCGAGCAAAGAAUCUAAAGCAAUUUGAUGAGGAUCAGAGGCGUUCAAGGGAACCUCAUGUGCGAGGCAACAAGCUUCUAGGUGAAGGAUCUGUUGUGGAAGCUACAGAGCUUUUGAGUGAAGAAUCGAGUGCGAAGAAUGAUGGGCAGUUGGAUGAAGCGGACGAGGAACCUAAUGAAAUCCUGAAUAAAUCUGAUGAAGCUGACCAGUAUUUGGAUGAAAUUGACUCGGAUUCGGGUAACAUCGAUAAUGGACGUGGAAUCAGCCCUUCUUGACAAGUUCUGAGACAUUAUGAGUCUGUCUAGUUACAGCUGACAUGAACCUCCUUUUCUCUUACAUGGAACUGCAGACCCAUAUGUUGUAUACGUAAAUAGAAAUGCAGAAUUGGUGUCACAGACUACAUGUUGAACAUUAUCAUGGAUAUGGAAUUCACUUUUAAUCUUAAUCAUCUGUCUCAUAGUGAAUUUCAAGUCGAGCAGCAACAGGAUUUGGUAAAAGGAGGUUAGAUUCGGGGUCUUCGGGUAAACUCUGGUCAGGUGGCAGAUUUUGGGUCACAUUUGAUGCAUAGAUUUUUCAUAGGAUACCCGAUCCCUUUCUAAAAAGUCAAAUUUGACAGCCAUUCAGUGUGAUAUCAACUGGUACUUUUGUUUAUCCAUUUUUUUACCAGAA